UUUUGACAGAUGUAACUUUGCACAUUCAUGAUCUUCAAAAUCAACAAUAUUUUAAGGGAUUAUGAAUAAUUAACUUGUUGGUUAUUAUAGGUCAAGGACUAUGCCCUAUUAAUAAUUUCAUGCUUUUGUCUGUCCUUUGUCUGAACUUGGAAAUUGAUUUCAGGAAAUUUAUGGAUGAGAAAGCCCAGUAAAGAAAAUGACAUUGUUUUCUUUUGAGCUUUUACAUUGCAGCGCUGGCUCUGUGACAAUCACUGCAUUCUGUGGUAAUCAUCUUAAUUUUUUCCCGUACACAAUAUAAUAUGACUCACAGUUGGAGCACUCUAACAGCUUCAGCGUGAAACUCUCCCGGCCCAAACAUCAGCACAAAAGAUUAGGAAUCUGUUGGAAAAUGUCUGCUUUUUGUCAAAUUUCCGAGGCACAAGCUUUUGUGCACAGAAACCCAUAAAGCUGCAUUUUGUCAUCAGUUGUAUCGAUGAAGUGUUGUAAAUUUGCUGCUGCUGUGAUUUGCUCCUCUCACUGCCUUCUUCUCCAUGGCAACAGCAGCCGAGGCUCUUGGAUAAAACUGGAGUGCUGUGUUUCUGUGUUCAGUAACUUUGAGGACAUAAAAAAAAGAGAAAACCUGCAAUAGGGAAACAUUCUCAGCUCUGUGGGGAUUUAGAGACAGAGACAGAUAUUUAUUAUUGUAUAUUUAUUCAUGUGUUAUUUAUUUAAAGAGCAGGGGGAGACUAAAACAGAGCUUUGGCAGAGAAUGGGUAUUAAUGAUGGGAAGAUGUGUGUGCUCGUGUUGCUCCAUGCUUGCUGGAUGCAUAAAUUCUAAGUACAUUGUUGUUUCCACUGGCUCCAAAUGGACAAACAGCAUAUGUAAAGCAGGUUUAAAAAGGCCUCUGCCAUGUCCUCUCUAUGAUGAUAAAAUAUCUUACCAGUGUUUAGAAUUCAACCACUGACCAAAUUAUAAAAAGCAUCUUUUCAGUCAUCUGUCUCUGUUCCACUUUAGUGGAUUGACGCUUCUGGACAGCAUCAACCCACGCAGCAUCCUCAUUCUGAUGCAAUAGCAGUAACAUACCCACACACUCCACUAGUGAUCGCUCAGGGGGCCAUCAGCAGCUCCUUUCCCUCUCGUCGCUCCAUGUUUUUGUGUGCACAGAGGCCAGGGAGCAAGGCUGUUAUCAGGGCAACAAUACAGAGACAGUACAGGCAUGGGUGGGAGCAGGGCAGGGCUGGCUGCUCUCUGAACAGGGAGCGCGGCUGGAUAGUUUCUCCCAGGAAGAUAACUUUGUUCUCGGCCAGAGAAGAUGACAUCAUGACGGAUGGCAAUGAAGAUGUGGGCUCAAGGGGCAGGAAACGUUAUCUCCUACGGUGGCACCACGGGGACGGAGACACACACACAUGGAUCACACGACCGCUUACUGAUACGCAACUCCAGUGAACAGUCACUCCCCAUUGAACACAGUCAGGAACACACAACUCUGACACGUCUCGUCUUCCAGUCAGUCUAGGAGGUGUCUGUCAUUUAAAAGGCAGAAUCAGACAGAAAGAGGCCAGGUCAUAGUGCGCUGCGGGAUUGCCACUUUCCUCUACACACCAAAUUGUGGGACAUACACUGAAGAAACAGAGCUCAGCAAGGAGUCCAGCUUGUACUGCAGGUUUUUGAUGGUGCAGGAUGUGUCGUCUCCUGAACGUCUUGCUGGCAUUGCUGAGUCGCUUCCUGUUUGCGGUCCACGGGGUGCUGACGGUGUGGCGUGUGGUGGCUGUUAAAGGGGAGCCACUCUACUGGCUGCUGCUGACGGGUGUGGCUCUGCUGGGAGUGGAAAUGGCUGUCACUCUGAAAUGCACCCGUAACGCUGAAUGGAAAUGGUUCUCCCCCAUGGUUUUUCUCUACCUCAGUAGUGUCAUCCCGUCCAUUUGGUUUCUGGAGCUGAGCCUGCUGCAGUCCAAGCUGCCCGUCAACAAUUCCUCAGGCCAUGAGCUUCAUUUGCUGGCUCACAUCCCAAUCACAGCGGGCAUUGUGGAGCUGGACCCAGAGAACUGGGUAGCUGGACUGGAGCAGACCAUGCUCAUAGUGCUGGUUCUGGGUCGCUGGCUAAUGCCCAAAGGCGACAUGUCACGUGACCAGCUCUCGCAGCUCCUCAUGGUUUAUGUAGGACUGGGUGCCGACAUCCUGGACAUCUUCGACACCUUCAAGGAACCUGAAGUCAAAACCAACCAGAUGGUUGUCAUCAUCGGCCUAGCUCUCUUUUCUUGGGCUCUCAUGCUUCCUCUGGUUCUCACUCAGACACAACCUGCAGAGGGUGAACCUCCUCAGGGGAGAAGGGGUGAUCUCCUCUGCUGCCCUGAAGCUCCACCUUCAUUUGCUUCCUGCUGCUCCAGUGAAGUGUGGAGCUUGCUGCUCACGGUUGGACUCCAAGAUGGCCCGUUCCUGCUUUGCAUCUACCUCAUGGUACAAGAGCAAGUACUCAACCAGCUCAUGAUUUUCUUCACCUGCAAGAACAUCCUUAUUGUUGUUUUGGAGCUUUACAGAAUCUUUGUGGUUCAGUGCGAGCAGAAGGUUCGAGAAUCAGGGUUGAAGAGGUGUGCUGCUCUGCUGCCCCACUGUCAAAACCAGGAGGGCAAUGAGGAGGAGGAGGAGGAGGAGGAGGAAGCAGGUAAAGAGGAGUGUUGUGGAGAGCAGAGCUGUCAUAUAGACAUGAACAGGGGGACAGAGAGGGAGGAAGAUCAAAGAGGUGUCCAGGUAAAGAGAAGCUCAAAAUGCCAUGAGGCAUGACUUUGGCUCUGGAGGGGAGGAAAUGGCUUUCACACACCAAGAAAAAAGUCAAUUCCUAUCUGAAAUCUCUUGCAUUUCAGACUUGUUCAGAGACAGCCUUGACUCUCUGGAGGUUCACUGACUGGAAAUAGACCUCAAGAGAAGAGAAAAAGUCCCUACUGAAAAGAUCAGAGAUGAAUUUAUGCAACUCCCUUUGAUAAACCUUUC